GAAAUUUUUCCAAUACUGUGUUUACAUGUUAGCAAAUCGCUUACUGGAAAAGUUUGAAAAAGUCAGACUGCUAGGGGAAUUAUCUUCAACACUUUGGAUAAAAUGUGGCAGUCUUAUUUUCUUGACAUGUCAAACCUCCUGCCUAAUUUUAUUGAUGCGUGUUUCACGUUCAGUUCAGAAUUCGGAGUUAUACUCAGCUUCAACGGUUGUUGUAUGUAGUGAAUUUCUAAAACUUCUACUGUCGAUAUUUUUGAUUUUAUCCCAAGAAGGUGAAAUUAAACGUAGUAUUUCAUCAAUAUAUAAUCAAAUAAUUGUUCAGUAUGAUGAUAUGAUUCAAAUUUUAAUUCCCUCAACUCUUUAUAUUAUACAGAAUAAUUUACUAUAUUUUGCCAUUUCACAUUUGAAUGCUGUUUUAUAUCAGAUACUUUAUCAGAGUAAAAUAUUCACUACUGCUAUAUUUAUGAUACUAUUAUUAAAUCAGCGCCUACGUUCAACUCAAUGGUUUGCUCUCUUAUUACUCAGUACAGGUAUUAUCUUAACACAGUUGCCUUCAUUAGAUCAAUCAACAUCGAGCAGUGAAUUCCAUUCAAAUUUUUAUGGGUUGUUGGCAAUUUUAUUGGCUUCUGUUACUAGCGGCUUUGCUGGUGUUUACCUUGAGAAAAUAUUUAAAGGAACGUCAACUUCGAUCUGGAUGCGAAAUCUACAGUUAGGUCUCUUCGGCGUGCCAAUCGGUCUGUUUGGAGUCUUCAUUAACGAUGCAUCAAAAGUCAAAACUCUGGGUUUUUUUUACGGUUACACACCUAUCGUUUGGAUUGUAGUUAUUCUUCAGGCGUUUGGAGGGCUAGCAAUAGCCUUUGUCAUGAAAUAUGCUGAUAACAUUUUGAAAGGUUUCUCUAUGGGUCUAUCAAUGAUUCUGUCAUCUCUCAUAUCUUAUUUCCUGUUUGAUGACUUUACUCCAAACAUGUAUUUAUUUGUCGGAUCCAUAUUAGUUAUCAGUGCAACGCUAAUAUACGGUAUCCCGGCAAAGUAUGACGCAGUCUACCCAAACGUAAACAAAGCAUAAACUUGCAGGAAAUGUUACAUCAACAUAGUGAUAACAAUCAAAUUGUAAAGUGUUUUUUUCUGGAAAAAUAAAAAUGACAAUCUGUUAUAA